AGGAUGGAGGCAGAGCUGCUGCCCGAGCUCACAGCAAUGCCCCUCGGGGGGAAUGGGAGUGCCCGGCUUGUGCCAGACACAGCUCCGCUGCCCUCGGCACAGGACACGGCCAUGUUCAUUGUCCGCUGUGUGAUCCCUUCUCUUUACCUGCUCAUCAUCAUUGUGGGCUUGCUGGGCAACAUCACCCUCAUGAAGAUCUUCAUCUCCAGCAGUGCCAUGAGGAGCGUGCCCAACAUCUUCAUCUCCAGCCUCGCUGCUGGUGAUCUGCUGCUCCUAGUGACCUGUGUGCCCGUGGAUGCCUCUCGGUAUUUCUCUGAGGAGUGGCUCUUUGGGGAGGUGGGCUGUAAGCUCAUUCCUGCCAUCCAGCUCACCUCCGUUGGUGUCUCUGUCUUCACCCUCACUGUCCUCAGUGCUGACAGAUACAAAGCAAUUGUAAAUCCCAUGGACAUCCAGACCUCCAGUGCAGUGCUAUGGACCUGUGUGAAAGCUGUUGCCAUCUGGGUAAUCUCCAUGCUCCUAGCAGUUCCUGAAGUGGUGUUCUCCCAACUGGCCCACAUCAAUGACACGAAUAAUGUCACUUUCACAGCAUGCAUACCAUACCCCAUGACAGAUGAUAAGCAUCCAAAGAUCCAUUCUGUGAUGAUUUUCCUGGUGUAUUUCCUUAUCCCUCUUGCCAUUAUUAGUAUCUAUUACUAUCAUAUUGCAAAGAGUUUGAUAAAAAGCGCUCAUAACAUUCCUGGGGAAUACAAUGAGCAUUCGAAAAGACAGACGGAAACUCGGAAACGUCUGGCAAAAAUUGUUCUAGUUUUUGUCGGCUUCUUUGCUAUCUGCUGGUUUCCUAACCACGUGUUAUACAUGUACCGAUCUUUUAAUUACAAUGAGAUCGAUCCAUCCACAGGACAUAUGGUUGUUACCUUAGUAGCCCGAGUGCUAAGCUUUUGCAACUCUUGUGUCAACCCAUUUGCACUGUAUUUUCUCAGUGAGAGCUUUAGAAGACAUUUCAACAACCAGCUUUGCUGCAGGAGGAGAGCUCAGCAAGAGAGAUCUGCCAGUUACUUGCGCAACUCUUCUGCCAUCCAAAUGACCUCCCUGAAAAGCAAUACCAGGAACACAGUGACUAGCAUGACACUAGUGAAUGGACACAACUUGAAACAAGAAAUGUCAUUAUGAUUUAAUAGGUG